AUGAAUUCCACAUCUUCAUUGUUCAGCCCUAUCACAUUAGGAAAUUCAAAGUUAAACCACCGUUUGGUUCUCUGUCCUCUCACCCGUUUCCGUGCUGAUAAAGACCAUGUCCCAACCCCUAUGAUGGCAGAAUACUAUGGCCAGCGUGCAAGCGAAGGAGGAUUGAUGAUUUCUGAAGCUACUUAUAUAACUCCUGCAGAUGGAGUUCUUCCUAACACUCCAGGAAUCUACUCCGAAGCCCAAAUAGAAGGAUGGAAAGAGAUAUCAAAGUCUGUUCAUACCAAAGGCGCCACAAUGUUUCUACAACUUUGGCACACAGGCCGUGCUGCAUGUUCACAAUUGAACCCAAACAACGAGCAACCUAUUGGCCCUUCUGCCAUUUCAAUCCAAGGGAAGGGCCUAACCGGUGUUCCUUACGAAAUGCCACGCGCACUUGAGACGCACGAAAUUCCAAAAGUUAUAGAAACAUUUGUUCAAGCAGCCAAAAAUGCAAUUGAAGCUGGAUUCGACGGUGUUGAACUUCAUGCUGCCAAUGGUUACUUGGUCGACCAGUUCAUUAAUACGUCAAGUAACAAGCGUACUGACUUGUAUGGUGGAUCGAUUGAAAACCGUGCUCGUUUUGCCAUGGAGCUCGUGGGCGCAGUUGCUGAAGCGAUUGGCGAAGAGCGCACAGCUAUAAGGUUUUCCCCCUGGUCUGGGUUCCAAGACAUGAAAGACGACACACCGUAUGAGACUUGGGGAUAUUUGGUGAGCCAGUUCCAAGAAAAGCACCCCAAGUUGGGUUAUGUUCACUUUAUUGAGCCCCGCGAUGAUUUCCUUGGAAGACUUGAUCAACCUGAAAGAGCCCAUAUCGCGGUGACCGAGACAGUAGAACCAUUCCAGAACAUUUGGAAGGGUCCUUUUAUUGUGUCUGGUGGAUACACAGCAAAUCCUAAGCGUGCCUUUGAGACUGCUGAUAAAAACAGUAAUACGUUGGUUGCCAUAGGACGAGCUUUCAUUUCCAAUCCUGACCUUCCUCUUCGUCUAAAGAAUAACUGGCCAUUAAGUCCCUAUGAUCGUUCUACGUUUUACACCAAUGAUGCUGUUGGAUAUACAGAUUAUGAAUUUUAUACGGAAUGA